GUUUAAGAAGAAGAAAAACAUUGCCGUGCUCAACUUUCGCGGUUGCACAACAAAACAACUAUCAAAGGACAAAGAACUUGACAGCUGGUUAUAACUCAAAUGAUCAAUAAGUGGUGACUGAUGGUGAGACUGUGGAGGAACCUUUUGUGAACCGCUCAUCUCAUCCUCCUCAGGCCAGAGUGAUGCCACUUUUCAGAAUGAGACCGCUCUCCUGACACAGGGAGGUUACUCCUUCCCCAACUCGGGCUCUGUCCUCUACCUACCUCACCCCUGACUACUUACCUCACCCCAAGUCAACAUCCUAGAGCUUGCUUCCUAACCCAUGAGAACCCUCCCCUCGAAUUACUACCUCAGCACUUUCCUCUAUGUAAACCUGGUGCUCCCAGACCACCGUCUCCACCCUCCUGAGUCUUUCCCCUCACCAAUUCAUUACACCUUCAUCAACCCCUGAGGGGCAUUUUAAAAAGGCAUUACCAGUGCCUACUCCCCGUUGUCGGUAAGGUGAUCUGAGCCUUCCCUCUUAUUACCUCACACCCUCCUACUGUGUACUGGCACGCAAAGAUGCGCCGGAACUUCGAGUGGCAGAUGUUUGAGUGACGUCCCCACUCUCUCAAUGUCAGAGCCUGGAGGAGAGGGGUGGGGCCAGAGUGGGAAUCCCACGUCUGUGUUUGCCUAUGAAGGUCAUCAAGGCCCAGAGGAAGGAGGCAUGAAGAAUGAGGGAGAGAUGCGAAAAGGAGAGGAGGAGGGGCAGGGAAAAGAGGAGGAUGAGGAUUACGACUCGCCUCCAGAGAGGCAGAUCGUGGUGGGCAUCUGCUCCAUGAUGAAGAAGUCCAAGUCCAAGCCCAUGACCCAGAUCAUGGAAAGGCUGUGUAAGUUUGAGUACAUCACCGUGGUCAUCUUCCCCGAGGAGGUCAUCCUCAACGAGCCCGUGGACAAAUGGCCCCUGUGCGACUGCCUCGUCUCCUUCCACUCCAAAGGUACAAACGAACGUUUCCCAUUGGACAAAGCGGUAGAGUACGCCAACCUCAGAAACCCACUUCUCAUCAAUGACCUGAACAUGCAGUACUACAUACAAGACAGGAGGGAGGUGUAUCGUAUCUUGCAGGAGGAGGGGAUUGACCUUCCUCGUUACGCUGUGUUAACCCGAGACCCAGACAGACCUGAAGAAUGUAACCUGGUCGAGGGGGAGGAUCAUGUGGAGGUGAACGGGGAGGUGUUCCCCAAGCCCUUUGUGGAGAAGCCCGUGUGCGCAGAGGACCACAAUGUCUACAUCUACUACCCCACCUCAGCUGGAGGGGGCAGCCAGAGACUCUUCAGAAAGAUAGGGAGCCGCAGCAGUGUGUACUCCCCAGAGAGCUGUGUGAGGAAGACUGGCUCCUACAUAUACGAGGAGUUCAUGCCAACGGACGGCACUGAUGUCAAGGUGUACACAGUGGGUCCUGACUAUGCCCAUGCUGAGGCAAGGAAGUCCCCGGCCCUGGACGGUAAGGUGGAGCGGGACAGCGAGGGGAAGGAGAUCCGCUACCCUGUCAUGCUCACCGCCAUGGAGAAACUGGUGGCCCGCAAGGUCUGCCUGGCCUUCAAGCAAACGGUGUGUGGCUUCGACCUCUUGAGAGCGAAUGGCCACUCAUUCGUCUGUGACGUCAAUGGCUUCAGCUUUGUGAAGAACUCCAUGAAGUACUAUGACGACUGUGCCAAGGUCUUGGGGAACAUGGUGAUGCGAGAGCUGGCCCCUCAGUUCCACAUCCCCUGGUCCAUCCCCAUGGAGGCUGAGGACAUACCUAUAGUCCCCACCACCUCAGGAACCAUGAUGGAGCUGCGCUGUGUCAUCGCCAUCAUCCGCCACGGAGACCGCACCCCCAAACAGAAAAUGAAGAUGGAAGUCAGACACCCUCUGUUCUUUGAGCUGUUUGAUAAGUACGGAGGGUACAAGUCAGGGAAACUGAAGUUGAAGAAGCCCAAACAGCUACAGGAGGUGCUGGACAUUGCCCGGCUCCUACUGGCUGAGUUGGGGCAGCACACAGACUGUGAGAUCGAGGAGAAGAAGGGUAAACUGGAGCAGCUCAAGACUGUCCUGGAGAUGUAUGGGCAUUUCUCAGGCAUCAACAGGAAAGUGCAGCUCACGUACCUGCCCAACGGACAGCCCAAAGCCUCCAGUGAGGAAGAAGAAGGUCCGAAGGAGGGUCCGUCUCUACUGCUGGUGUUGAAGUGGGGAGGGGAGCUGACCCCGGCAGGCAGAGUACAGGCUGAGGAGCUGGGGAGGGCCUUCCGCUGCAUGUACCCUGGAGGACAAGGGGACUAUGCCGGUUUUCCUGGCUGUGGUCUGCUUCGUUUACACAGUACCUACCGCCACGACCUCAAGAUCUACGCUUCAGACGAAGGCCGUGUACAGAUGACCGCUGCCGCUUUUGCGAAGGGUCUGCUGGCUCUGGAGGGGGAGCUGACUCCCAUCCUGGUGCAGAUGGUGAAGAGUGCCAACAUGAACGGCAUGCUGGACAGCGACAGCGAGUCUCUGACCGACUGCCAGCAGAGGGUGAAGGCCCGCCUCCAUGAGAUCAUGCAGAAAGACCAGGACUUCACUGAGGCCGACUACCAGAAGCUGGCCCCUACAGGCAGCCCCUCUCUGGUCAACUCCAUGAAGAUCAUAGGGAACCCAGUGAGGACGUGUGACCAGGUCUACACCCUCAUCCAGAGACUCACCUCCCAGAUCCGCAAAAGGCUUGAGGACCCCAAAUCUGCAGACCUGCAGCUAUACCACAGUGAGACCCUUGAGCUGAUGCUGCAACGCUGGUCCAAGCUGGAAAGGGACUUCCGGAAUAAGAGCGGCCGCUACGACAUCAGUAAGAUCCCAGACAUCUACGACUGUGUGAAGUACGACACGCAGCACAACGCCACGCUGGGCCUGGAGGACACACUGGAGCUGUUCAGGCUGUCCCGUGCCCUGGCCGACAUCGUCAUACCUCAGGAGUAUGGCAUCAAUAAGCCAGAAAAGAUGGACAUUGCCCAGGCCUACUGCCUGCCCUUGAUGAAGAAGAUCCAGCUAGACCUGCAGAGGACCCACGAGGACGAGGCCGUCAACAAGCUGCACCCACUGUGGUUCAGGUACUCGCGGGGAGUCAUGUCUCCAGGGCGUCACGUCCGGACCCGCCUCUAUUUCACCAGCGAGAGCCACGUUCACUCGCUGCUCAGCAUCUUCCGCUACGGCGGACUACUGGAUGAGGUGAAGGACCAGCAGUGGAAACAGGCCAUGGAUUACCUCAGUGCCGUCUCUGAACUCAACUACAUGACUCAGAUAGUCAUCAUGCUGUAUGAGGAUAACAACAAGGACCCCGGCUCAGAGGAGCGUUUCCACGUGGAGCUCCACUUCAGUCCCGGGGUGAAGAGCUGUGAGGACGAGGAGAACGUCCCUCUGGGCUUUGGCUUCCGCCCUGCCUCCGCUGAGAACCAGGAGAAGCAGACCAACCAAGGCAGUCUGGAGGACCUAUCACAGGACGAGCCUGACCGGGCCCUGCCUCUCUCUGAACUAAUCAGCAUCAGAAGAUCACCCAUGAUCCGCAACCGCAAGACUGGCUCCAUGGAGGUCCUCUCCGAGACCUCCCCCGGCUCCUCCAAGGGCGCCUCCUACCGCCUCUUCCCCUCCUGCUCGCGCCAGUCCCCUGAGAUCAAACCGACUGGCCUAGGGUCCCUGUGCUCGGGCCUCUUCAGUGCCUCUGUCCUGGGGGUGUCCUCUAGCGCCCCCAACCUGCGGGACUACGUCCGCACCCACCACCGCAAACCCCCCCUGUCCCCCGGUUUGCCUUUUGGAGAUGAGCUGUUCUCUAUGCCGGCAGUAAAGAGAUUUUCUGUGUCGUUUGCCAGGCAUCCGACUAACGAGCCCCUAGACGAGCAUCUUGUAGCCCAGCUGCUGAAGGGGCUCGUCACUGACCCGGCCCUCCUGUGUUGCCCCCCUCUGGCCUCUCUGGACAGGGCCAUGGCCCACCACCUGCACCAGUGCCCCUACCACCUGCGCCUCCUCAGGAACUGGCUGGUGUCCGGCCAAGACCUCCCCGAGUGCCUCUACGGCUUUGAAGGCUGCUCCAUGGUGCCCUCUAUCUACCCACUGGAGACGCUGCACAACUCGCUGUCCCUCAAGCAGGUGGACGAGUUCCUCAAUGCUGUGUGUGAGGACAGCAGCGACGCCCAUGCUAAGACCAUGAAAGCUCUCUCUGUCUUGUUCGACACGUCAAGCCAGGGGUAUGGUCAGGCACACACCUACCCCCCACCAAAGGCCCUCUCCUCCUCAGAAACUCCUGUUCGGCCCCCCACCCACCCACUAUGCUUAAGCAGUGGCCCCCCCAGCACAGUGUCCAGUGCAGGGCCCUCCUCCCCCACCUCGGUGAACCCAUCAAACCCAGCCAUACACUUCAGCUUCAGUGAGUAGUCCGGAACCCCCUCACCGGAUCCCACAGAGGGAACCGCAGGACAACCCAACACCUGGACCUUCGGAGGAAGCCAUUAUUAAUCCAUCCAUCCACACUGUGCCCGUCAACCUAUGAGUGCCUUCAAACUCUUGUUAGUAAUCACAGUCUCAUACAGUGCUGGACCCUGAGGGCCGUUCGUGGACAAAAACAAACAAAAACCCUCAAAAACCCUGGAUGGAAUCACUACAGCCCAUCUGUCUGUCCUUGAUUCAGACUGCCUGCUGAUAUUGUUGCUGAACAGAGACAAUGGGAGACCUCCUUUCACAGAGACGGGAGGCAGGUUCAGAAUAUUCUACACCAAUCAUUGCAGACAAUUAUUGGCAUACAGGUAUAGUUGAGCCAGUUGAUCAAAUGCUGACUGCUUUCUCAGUUUUGUUGUGUGUCCCUCUUUUUAUAUUCUGUUUUGGGGUGGCUGUACUUUACGUGAUUGGGGGGGGUACAAAACGAUACAACAGGAAUACUGUACACUGAAUAUACAAAAACAUUAAGAACACCUGCUCUUUCUAUGACAGACUGACCAGGUGAAAGCGAUGAUCCCUUAUUGAUGUCACUUAAAUCCACUUGAAACAGUGUAGAUGAAUGGGAGCAAACAGGUCAAAAAGGGAUUUGUAAACCUUGAGACAAUUGAGACAUGGAUUGUGUGUGUCAUUCAGAGGGUGUGUAACUCAAUAUUAGGAAGGUGUUUCGUUUUGGUGUACUCAGUGUAUGUUUCCUAUCAUGUCUACACAGCAUUUUGUCACGAAAUAAUACACAACUCAUAUUUUAUAUACAUAAUUGUUUUUAUGUUGAUGAGUCCCAUGUGAAAUAUAUUUCAUAUCCUGAUCUCAACAUGCCAAAAAUAUAAACAAUACACGUGUCUCAACACCUUACAUAAAAAUCUGUGGUAAAUCUAUAUUUUUUUUUACAGUAUUUCAAGGGUAAACCACUCCAGAGGAAAAUAGCUGUGCCUUUAGCCUUUCUCAGUCUAUACUGGGUUGGGUCCUCAAACUAUUUUUAACAUUUCUGCUGUCUUGCCAAAGUUAUGUUUUUAAUGUUAAUUUAAACAAUUGUGUAUCAAAUGGUGUAAUACAUAUUAUUUGGGCAUAUGUAUUGUCCCAGUGGGGAUAAAUAAAGUUGAAUAUGUAUUUAUGGAUUAAAAAAAAAUUACAUUUUUUUUUUAGAUGGAAGGUAUGCAUUGAAUCGUUUAACAAAAACAAUGGUUUUCUUGUACAGUAAUUCUCCAAAUUGUAAAACCAAAACGUUUCUAUGGAUUCUGAAAAGCACAUGAAUGUCAUUGUAUUUGUAGUUGGUAUGUAGUAGUCUAUGCUAUUUCAAGGAUGCUCUCAACUGCACUAAUGUAAAACUAGCACUGCUGAAUCUAUAGAACAAAGCUUUAUUUUUCUUUAGAGUUUUCUUCACAUUGUUUUUCUUGAUAGUAAUGAUUUAUUUAAUGACUGGUGUUUAUAGGUGAAAUUAGGACCUUUUUUUUUGGUGGUUAUUUAAUGUGCCAUGUAAUAUCAGCCAAAGAUAGUUGAUGCUGUAUAGAAUCCUCUCCUUAGACAUUGUCUUAUUAAGGUCUAGCAAUAAAACACCAAGGUUGUUUUAUUAAAAGUAAUAUCUGAUUUCUGAA